AUGGCCGCAAUAAAACGCGUUGCAUUGAUUGGUGCUUCUGGGAAGCUGGGUCCAUCGAUUCUUAACGCAUUCCUCGAAAACGGCAACUUUGAUAUUACGGUGCUGUCUCGUAAAAGUUCAGCUGCUGUAUUUCCUCCAGCAGUGAAAACCAUCAAGACAGAAUUCGAUUACGAUUCGCUCAGAGUGGCAUUCUCAGGCCAAGAUGCUGUGAUCUCUAUUGUGGGAAACGCGCGAGCCAGUGAUCAGAAGCUUUACAUCGAUGCUGCUAUAGCUGCUGGUGUGAAGCGAUUUGUUCCAUCAGACUUUGGCGGUUGGACACCCGAUGCGACUAUUCUCGACAAGAACAAACUUUUCGGACCAAAAGUAGAGAUAGCUGAGUAUCUGAAGAAGAUGGAGUCCGAAACUUUCAGCUGGAGUGCCAUAAUCAACGGUCCAGUCUUUGAUCUUAGCAUGAAGGUGGGGUUUCUAGGAUACGAUUUAAAGAGCAAAACAGCGCAAAUCUGGGACGACGGAGAGGCAAAAUUUUCGAGCGCAACGCUUUCCACCAUCGCCAAAGCCGCGGUGCGUAUUCUGGAACCUGUGCACGUUGAACAAACGAAGAACCAGGAUAUCUUUGUUCUCUCCUUUACAACAACCCAAAACCAGAUCCUUGAUAUCUUGGAGAAACUCACUGGUAAAUGGAGUGUAGAAAAAGUGGAUUCGAAGUCUUUGAUUGCGGAUCUGCACAAGAGGCUCGCAACAGGCGAGUUCGGACCCCAAGUGGUCUAUGGGUUAAUAAAGGCAGGAACCUUCGCUGCAGAUGCAGGGAAUCCGGGAGAUUAUAGUCAUUUGUCGUGGAACGAGAAAUUGCACUUGGACUUAGAGGAUUUGGAGACUGUGUUGGCUAACAUUUCAAAAGAUGUGAGCUCCUGA